GUGCCUUCUCAGCCAAUGAGCGCGCGGUGUACCCGGUCGGCAUUUUAUAAAGAACAGAGCAGCAGCGCCGCGCUCCGAGUUGAUUCUGUGGAGGAGGAAAAAAAAAAUAAUCAGCGGAGAAGAUGGCCGCCCUCCCUUCCAAUGGCAUUCUGAUCGGCGACAAGACCUACUCGGGCGUCAUGAUCUCCCUGGAGAACUGCCUGAUCUCUGAGGAGAAAUGCGCCCUGACUCCGUCUAUCCUGGACGGCCUGGACCUGGACACCGAGACCGACCUGCGCUGUGUGGGCUGCGAGCUCAUCCAGGCAGCCGGCAUCCUACUGCGGGUGCCUCAGGUGAGACCGAGAUAGGGGCAGCCAGGGCCCUGGCCGAGCCGCCCGCCCGGCACUCAGCGCCCCCCCGGGCCUGGGAGGGGGUUCGCGGGGAUUGUGGAGGGGAGGACGGGGCUCGGGCCUAGUGGGCAGGCUGGAGCCUGAGCUGGAGUUUCAGGGCGGUAGCUGGUUAGCGGGGGGAUCAUGGCUUCACCUGAGAUGGCAGCGGUGACCGUCACCGGGUUAGGGCUGCUGGGGGGGGGAGGGGGGAUUACCGGUUACCGAUCCCUCCCUCACUCGCCGGCAGACGGAGGGUAUUCACUAAGGUGCGAUGUGGAUUUCAAAUUGUUGAUCAAAAUGAAGUGGGCUGUUAGUAAAAUAAUAAAGAAUUUAAAAACUGAGCUACAAACCUGGAAAUGUACUCUGAAAUAACCAAGCUGAAAGUACAGCUACUUUUUAUUAUUAUUAUUAUUGGCCAUUUUGUUUUACAAUUUGGAUUUUGGUGAGUGACCCUGUUAAAUAAAUAAAAAGGGCCAAUUUGUGAAAUUUACUUUGUAUUACUGACAAUCCCUGCUGGAGUAUAAUCACCCUUGGAAGAGUUUAUUUACUCAACACUGACCAGCAAAAUGGCACCAGAAUUCAGGCUAAAAUCUCCAGGUUUUGACUGUAGCAGAGAGGUAGAAUUGUUCUAAAACUGUUUAUUCUUGGCCCUGUUUAAGAAAGGUUCAAGUUGUGGGAUCCAUUGUUUGGUUCAUAUUCAGGGAGAAUUAGGGACAAUUCUGCAGAAAAGGGGUCAGUAUUGUGAAAUAAUGGGUUUCAGUGAUGGAAGCGAUGUGCCACAAAUGUAAUUAAAUUAUUUUUUUUUUUUAAACUUGAUUGGCCCUAUGAAAAGCAAAAUGUAAACAUGGUAGAGAGUUGCACACUGUGAGAGAUGUCUGGCAUCAAUUAGGAGAUACUUUUUGGGAAACUGUUCUUGUUGCAGUUGUAAAUAUUAUCUAAUACCGCUUGGUAUUAGGUUUGCUAUGAACGUAUAUAUAUAUUUUUUUUUUUUAAUAACUCUUAAUAUUACCUUUUUGUUAUAAUCAUCUGAUGGGUGUCUUUUAUUUCUCCUCUCUUCAAUCUAUUUUGAAAUAUUUGAAGAAAUCCCAAGUCUACCUUUCCUACUCCCCCUUUAUGAUAGCCAUGGAUAUGCAGGUUUGGUCAGAUUAGGUGUUUUGUUACCCAGUGCUCAUGUGUUGCUUUUCAAAAUCGUGUUGAAGCAUUUGUUUUUUCAAGUGGUUUCAUAAAAAAAAGUAAAUAUACAUUUAAUUUAAAUGUUUUCUUGUUAUAAUAGAGAUAAUAAAUUGGGUGGCACUUGCAACUUUUGUUGAUCAAGUUGUGUGAUGACAGGCAAAGCAUCAUGGGAUUUGUAGUUCUGGAACAGUUGAACUGCUGUUUGGCCACCCAUGUGUAUUUUGUUUUGUAUACUAAAUACUUAGUAUCUACUAUGAUGAAAGAGAACAUGAGUGUUGUUCAGUUUCUGGGAAAGUACCUCAGCCCAGUUUAACUGGAACAUACGUCACCAAGGCUGUUCUCAUUCAUUCUAGGUGACGUUCGUAUUUUUCAGUUUCCAUUUCCUCAAUGCCUCUAGGGGUGGAGUUGAUGCAAUUCAGCUGUUUCCUAGCACAGGACACAUUGUGCAAUACUGCUUCCAGUUUAGAUUUAUAUUGUGUUCCUACGUAAUGCAAUUAUUUGUUCACAAUGAGUUUUGUCUGCUCUAAUCUAGCCUCUUAUAUGUAAUUCUUACCUUGCAAAUACACCACGUUUGUUUAGUAUUUUUAAGUACAGCAACAUAAUAAUUGGAAGGUGUCACAGGAAUAAAUAAAUGGCAUAUGAACAUUACUAAACAUAAUAGUUUAAAUGCUGCAAGGUGGUUGUUGUGGUUUUUGUUUUUCUCCCAUCAACAACCUUGAUUAUGAUAGUCCUAGUUUAAAAGCCGAAAAGCCUUUUCUUAUAGCUCUUAUGUCUGGUACAUACAAUAGGGUCCUAUUUAAUUCAAAGUUGUUGGGGGUUUUUUUUGGGGGGGGGGGAAAUAAAUACAAUUGUGUUGCCUUCUAAGCAGCUUUUAAUAAAAAAAAAAAAUCGGGCUGUUUGACAUGGCAGGCAUUGCAGAUCACAUAGGAUAAUGGUUUCUGAUGCUUCUGCCAUCACUUGUUGCUCAUAUUAGAGAAAUGCGUGUCUAAAGGGAAUGCCUUUCACAAUUGUGGCCUUGUUGUGAGAGACAGUGCUACAUAAGGUAAAGUCCUUAGUUUCCCUUAGCUUUAACCUAAAAGUAAUGACUCCCCUUACAUGACUGUUGGAGAGAAAAAUAGCAUUCCAACUUUUAUAUAUCUCUUUGUAGGUUGCCAUGGCUACCGGACAGGUUUUAUUUCAACGGUUCUUCUACACCAAAUCCUUUGUGAAGCAUUCAAUGGAGGUAAGCAUCACUGCUCUAAUGUUAAACAAUAACUAUACUAUGGUUUUGUAAAAUGUAUCCGCUCUGAUUUAAAUUUUUUCUUUUUUCUUUUUUUUCUUCUUCCUUUUUCUCAGCAUGUUGCAAUGGCCUGUGUCCAGUUGGCAUCCAAAAUUGAGGAGGCACCAAGACGUGUUAGAGAUGUGAUUAAUGUGUUUCACCGGCUGCGACAGCUGAGAGAAAAACAGUAAGUUGCCAAUGAACCAUUACUCUAUAUUUCUAUUGUAAUAUAGUUUUAAAACAACGCUGUCAUAUUAGUAGAAACUAAUUUUAGAUAUCACUAGGCUGCUUAUUUUUUAAAUUGGGGGGGGAAAACAGGCGGGCCUCCUGCUCUACCGAAUAGCAAAAACACAGUUGAUGCCCUUUGGUUUAUGUGAUUACUCCCUAGUUGGCAUUUCUUGUGCUUGUUCUGUAGUAUGUAUGGCGUCGUGCCUAGGAGAGAGAUAUUUAAAGUAGUCAGGCCAGUUUUCUUCCUGUACAGUUCAUUGCAAUUUCAUGCGAAGAAGUACAAAAUGGGGCUCCUCCAUCAAUCCUCUCUCGUAUGCAGCAAGAUACAAAGUGGAGACCGUUUCAUAAUGUGCCUUUUAACAACAAAACCUUUACUGAAAACCUCUUCAUGUUAAAUCUUAAAAAAAAAAAAAUAUUUUUUUUUAAAAACUCUUAACAGAAGAUAUGUCUUGGUAACAUCUUUCAAUACAUUAAAACAGAAACAGCAGGUUAAAGGCGUGUAGCUUUUUACCACGAAUAGGUCAUGGAGUAUAUUUUACCCAACAAAACAAAAUUUUUUGGACUUGAGCUAUCCUUUUUAUUGCAAACGUAUUUGUAUUCUAACGUGUAGAAAUGUUCUUGAUUUCAAGAAUUAUUUCUUAACAGGAAACCGACACCAUUGAUCUUGGAUCAGGAGUAUGUUAACUUGAAAAACCAGAUCAUUAAAGCAGAGAGGAGAGUCUUGAAGGAAUUGGGUUUUUGUGUUCACGUCAAGCAUCCUCACAAGGUGGGUUCCUUUUUAAUUCUUUUUUUUCCAACUGGUAUAUCUUAAUAUGGUAGUUAAAGUAAAAUUUAAGCAUAUAUAUCUUAGAUUUAUGAUUAUAUAUUUCAGAUCAUCGUAAUGUAUCUCCAGGUAUUGGAGAGUGAAAAGAAUUCGCAUCUUGUCCAAACUUCAUGGUAAGUGACUUAUUCUUGUAUUUGAACAUUUUUUGUGAUGACUAAAAUGUGAAACCCUUUCAUUGCCACGCAUGGUGUGUAGGGCAUUGCAGGGCAAUGCAGUAUGUACCUUGUUGGCAUUACAGUACAUUAAUUUGCAGCGGUUUCCAAGUGUUCACUGUUGAAGAUCUGUUUGUCAUUGACUGAAGGGAAAUGCUGCAUGAGAAUCGCGUCAGCAUUCCCCUAUCUGGAGUGAAGAUUGCUGUUUAUGACUGUAAGCUGCCUUUGACAGGGAAAGAUUGUUCUGUCACUUGCGACACACCUUCAAGCUCAACUCGUGUUUGCUUCUGAAGAACAAGCUGAAUUCAUCAAAAUGUUCAGGGCAAAAUAAACCUAUUUAGAAAAAUCUUUCAUUUUACUUGUUCCCUAGCUUCGGUUAUACAUUAAGCAGCAGUUCUAAACAUACAAGUAUAAAAGCUUUGUCUUCUAGGUCUGUGAUCCCAAUCCCAUUUAUAGUGUUCAUACUAGGCAAGAAUUUGGGGGAAUUCUCUAUUCUAUACCUGUUGGGUUAGUGACCAAACCAGGACAGAUUUGUAGACCCUUGAAUGGGAUUGGGAUCUCCGUGUAUUGCACCUACUUUAACUUAAUUUUGUUGCUUUAGCAUGGGAUUUGGGGGGGUUAAAUUAAUUGUUUGGGGGGGGGGGGGUUAAUUACAAUUUCUGAUUGAUCUUUCUGGUGCUUUAUUUAUCGUUGGAUGGAGAGCCUAUUUUAACUUUUGUUUUCUGUACUCUUUUGAUCAAAGGCUAGCCUCUGAGGGUAAGUGACUAAGACUUCUCCUCUGCUGUCCAAGCGCUUUGGUGCAGGGAUAGCUGCCGUCUUCAGUCAAUCCCAAGCAGGUUCCCCAGAAAGAAGGCUGCCUCUGGUCAGGUGGUAUACAGCGGAAUGAUGGGGUUGCGGCUCCUCUGUUUUAAAAUGUUUGUCUCUACAAUGAAAGCUGGUACUGAUUUGCAACUUAAAUGUUUACGUUCAUAAUCUGUUCUUCUGCCUUAUUUGAAUCUAAAGCAGCUAUGUAAUCUCAAAAACCUCUUCACUUUAAUUUCACAAUGUGCAUAUUGUGUGACCAUUUGACGCUGACUCAUUAAUCGUAGCAAUUCUAUUAUUUCCUAAGUUUAGUACUGCCUGAACUUACUAAAUAUGUUCAGUAUUUUACAGCAGUAUCCGCAUAUGAAAUGCCAACUUGAAAAAAAAACAUAACUCUUUGCCUAAAGAGCUGCAUAAGAAUAUUCCUAGAAGCGCACCAACUUAAACUGUGAAGCGUUUAAAGUGAGCAAUUUUACAACUGAACUCACAUUUGUGGACCUUGAUCCCCAGUACUGGACUGUCUAUCAGUGUCACCUAACUUUUUUCUAUUUUCUUUUUAUACAGAUUAAAUUGGCUUUUUUGAGAUCUCAAAACUACUCUUAAAUUAAUUCUCAGUACAGGUUUACAAAGUUAAAAUUGGUUCUCCAUCCUCAAUAAUGCAGCUCCUUUAUCUUUGCAAUGCAAGAUGGUCUACAAUUUAAAGAAAAAAAUCCCCCAAAUUGGUGGUGGUAGGACAGCUACAGAAUAUUAGAAUUGCCUAACUUUCAUUCCAGGAACUACAUGAAUGACAGCCUGCGUACAGAUGUCUUUGUAAGAUUCAAUCCUGAAACUAUUGCAUGUGCCUGUAUCUACUUGGCUGCAAGAACACUACAGGUGAGCAUAUUCAAUUGUGCAACGUCUAGUAGAGUGUUGAGGCCGAGCUGUCACUUCUGAUGGAAGUUGUUUUUGUGUUUUUAUUUAAUUUAUUUUUCUUACCUUGCAUUGAAUAUAAGGUUGUGAGAUGUGAAAAAUGCAGAAAUCCACAUUUCUUUAUCUUGCAACUGGGUACAUCCAUCUUUAAUUUGAGUCAAACUGUCCUCAUGGCAGUUCGUGUAGAGAAAGCACCUCAUGAGAAAAUGUUCACUCCAGUUCUAGGUGAUUUACAGUGCUUACUAGUGUAAAUGCCAGAGUAGUGACAUGUCCUUUUUUUAUUAUUUUUUUUUUUUAUUUUUUUUUUAUUGCAAGCUUUCUAACUUUUAUGAAGUUUGUAUUUACAAAUCCUAUGGAUUUUAGGUCAUGUUUACAUUAUUUUUGUUUUUAGAUUCCACUGCCAAAUCGCCCUCACUGGUUCCUCUUGUUUGGUGCAACUGAAGAAGAUAUCAAGGAUAUCUGCCUUCAAAUUUUAAGGCUGUACACUCGCAAAAAGGUAUGUCUGCCCUUAUUCUUAAAUAAGCAAGUGCUGUGCAUCUUCGUUUUAGAAACUGAACUGAAGUUUUAAUAUUUUAUAGGCUGACCUAACACUUCUCGAAAGCAAAGUUGAGAACCGCAAACUAAUUCUUGAGGAGGCUAAAGCCAAGGCAAAAGGGUUGUUGCCAGAUGGUACACCUCGCAUAGACAAUGCUCCUGAGUUUUCACCUUCUCUGAAAAAUGGUAAGUAUUUGGUAAUGUGUUGGGUUAGGGCAGUUUGCAUUAAUAGCUAAAACUGAUGGUAUGUUUCUUUCUAGAUUCUCCAAAAGAAGGAAAAUCUAGCAAAUUGUCACCAGUUUCCACACAUACUCUGAAGAAUGCAAAGAGGAAAAUUGAUACCAAAAAGCCUACAUCAUCCAGUCCAGUCAAUGGGUAAGAGUUUGAGAUUGAUUUCCCUGGCUGUGUAGAUUUUGUUUUUAUGCAGGUGUUAUAAUGGGGUACCACUAAAGUUCUGGUUAUGGCACUAGGACUACCCUGGAAACUGCUUUGAACAGGAUUACACUUACCAUAAGUAAGUGCAGAAACUUUUCAAAUAUCACUAAAGUUCACUACCGCUUUAGAAAUGUUAAUUGUCUGUGUUUGGACAGAGUUUACAGACUGAAACUGUUCAUUUGUUCUCAAACACACAAAUUAAAUCGGUUUUUCUAUAGUAGAUGGGGAACUUGGACUUUUGAGAUAAUUAUUGAGAAGGCCCGUACUUGAGACACCUUUGGAACCCAGCUAAGUUUUGUAAACAGAAAACUUUUUGCCUUAAAGAAUCUGUAUGGGCAUUAUAAUAACUUUGAAAAGAGGUUAUGGUGCCCAGGGGUCCCUAGCGUAUCUUCUUACCUGAAGCGGUUGUCAAACAGUUUAACAACAAAGGUCGGUUGGGCAGCUGUACCACCUAUUUGGUUAGCGAGGUCAGAUGACUCUUUUAGACAAAUAGUGGCUCCCCAUCAUAAAAACCCCCUUCCUUUAAUUGUCCAUGAUUGUCAUGAUGCUGCAUUUUAUCCUGACAUAAAGGCUUCAUCAAUUUCGACCUGCUAAGGCAUCUUUCUCAGUCUCUAUAAUGAAGCAGCCAACAGAUAGUGCUGCCAAGCUCUGCGGCUUCCCUGAAAAAUGUUGGUCAUUUCUAAAUUUUCCUACUGUGACAUUGGUUUUCUAUUACUGCUCCAGAGCAGGAUUGAGCGAUAAAUGAUACUUGGAUUGACUACCAACAAAAUACCAACGUUCAACCAGCCUAAUGAUUGUUCAAACACAAGUGAGAUGCUUUUUUAAUUUGGUGCUACAUAGCUGCAGAUCCUAGGUCAUGAAUAUAAGUGAAAAGGUUUUGUUUAUAGUUUGUGUUACCUGCAUAAUUGAUUCAACCAUUGCACUCUGAUUUGAAAAGAAUAUGGAUUUACUUUUCGCAGAUACAGUAAACUGACAUUUUAAUUUUUUUAUUUCAGAGUUGUUAAAAUCCGAGACAGAAGUGGCAGUGGAAGCAGAGAUCAGAGUUAUUCACGGUCACACUCUAGGUCCAAUUCGCCCAAGCGUCGGUAAGGAUGGUUUAACCAAGAAGUUUGCAUUACCAUAUGUACUACUUGUAGAUUGUCUACCCGAGCAAUAAACCUGUGGCUUGUUCAGGUUCUUUAGCCGGUAGCGCUUAUUUCACUUUAGAUUUGCACUUAUGUAGUGGAUAAUACAGAAACUUGGAUCUAUUCAAAAUAUAAGUGGCGUUCCCUGUUCUUGGUCACUUUUGAUUUAAUUAGUCUACUGCAUUGUGAAGAAUAUUUAGCAGCAUUUUAAACUUGCUAUCUGAUAGUAUAUUUUAAAUGUAGCUUUAUAGUUUUAAGGAAGCAUUUGAUCGAAGUGUUACAUCAAUGUUCACUAAAGUCAGAAUUGCUGGGAAUUCAAAGUAAAUUUCAAUCUUAAGACACAAAUGGCCAAACUGAACACAAUUGACUUUGCAAAUGUUUCUAAUUUGAUUCCUUUGGCCUAACUUUUGAAAUUCACUUUGCAUUCCUGUCCGUUCUCACUCUGAAUAACAGUUUGAUAUCUGAAAGAUGUAUGUUUUCUGUUUGUUUUGGAAAUAUGUAUAUAUUUAUUUUUUUCCGCACUUAUAGAAAAAGUGAAAGUUAUUCCUCAUCCAGUGGUUCAAAGUCUCGCAGUCGCUCCAGGAGUCGCAGUGAUUCUCCUCCUCGAAAAGCAAAUCACGGAUCUUAUAAAAGCUCAAAAGCUCAUAUAUACAGCAAAAGCGAUGAGCACAAAUACUCUGGACACAAGCGUAGACGAUCACGCAGCAGGAGCUCAUCACCUGCCCACAGUCAUUCAAGGGAAAGCCCACAUUCUAGAAAAUACAGAAAAAAAAGCCAAUACUACCGUGAGCAGAGAAGAGAGCGCUCUCGUUCUUAUGAAAGAGUCAGCCAUCGAAGUUAUGAACGUGAUUACUCCAGUCACAGCCAUCACAGAAGAUGAAAUUGCCAUCUAAAUUACCUCUGGCGUUUUAAGGUGGUUAGAGACAAGUCAUUCUGGACGCUUCCUUUUAGUUAACAUUUAAGUUGCCACUAAGCAGGUUUCUGCAUUCAGUUCACACAGGCGAGCAAUCUGUUAAUACCUGCCUUUUAAACAUGUAUUCCUAAGGUUAUUUAAAUUUUGAAUAGCCGUGCCUAACCUUUUGCUUCUCUCCUGUGUUAUUCCCCCACACUGAGAACGGGACUGUAAAUGGCAGGCUCUCUCCUUUCUCCUGUAUGCUUAAAGCAGCUUUUGUAGAUCAGAAUUUGUGACUGCCAUCAGGAAGAGGGGAGGAAGUGAGGGCUCUGAGCAUAUACUUCAGGGAUACUGUACGUAGUAUGGGCACUAUGCAGCUUGUGUCAAACUUCAUGGUGAAAAGUGUGAAAAGCUGUUCCUUUAGAAUUCCUCCUCACACAAUUAGGUGGCUGCUUAACUGCAACAACCUAAUUCCACAUACUACAGAGCUAUUCAUCAGCAUGUAAAAGUGAAAUGUCCAGGAAAACAUUGCGGAUCUGUCACCUCUAGGCAUGUAUGACCUCAUACUGAUCAAACAGACUCAAGAAACUGUGCCAAAUGUCAUUGGCCAAUAUUGUAUUUAGAAACGGACUUGUCUACAGAAAACCUAUUAUGUUGUUUGGUGCUAUAUCUAAAACAAUAUGUGCUAACUACAUUGUCAUGGCUUGUGUUGGCUGCUAAAUCCCUAUUUACAAAAUCAUUACUUAUGAAUUUUACUGUAGGAUAAUCCUGUAUCAUACUGUACAGACCACAAGUUCCUAUAUUUGUAACACCCACAUAUUCUUAUUAGCAGAAAUGCUAGCAUUUGUAAAAAGCUUUGAAGGAAUUUAUGUUGGCUAUAAGAGGUUGGUUGGUUUUACAUACCGCUGACUCCUCUAAUACAUGAGUUAUGUUUGGUUUUUUUGUGUGUGUUUUUGUUUCUCUAUGUAUGCCUAUAUUAGGUCAUACAUACGACUUUGUUUUUGUGUUUUGUUUUUUUUAGUUUUGUUUUUUUUUUUAGUUCCAUCUGUGGGAACUGGCCUUAGACUUGAGAAUACUUUUUGUACAUAUCUACUUACUUUUCAAGGACUCAUGUUACUAUGAUCUGUUCUUCAAAGUGGACUUUUUUUAUACUCUGAUGCUGCGUGCUGCUCUGUGCUGGCCACAAGCAGUCACAAGACAUUUCAUGUUGCAUAUGGUUCCAUGUCUUUAUUUAAAAAAAACAAAAAUAAAAAAUGCAAUUCUACUCAGGAUAUUUGAUAGAUCAACAAAAAAGGUUUGUUUUCUUAUGUAACAGAUGUAUUGAAACCAAUCACAGCCAGGCCAUAUCAGUUUUAUUGGUAUAUCCAAGCUGUAUUUCUUUAUUUCAUUAAAGUAUUCAAUUUUGUAUAUAAAA